CUUCAUAAUCCAUUCCAUAUAAAAGAGUUUAUAAUUUGCAAGCAAGUGGAACGGGAAAAACUGUGGUAGCGUCGUCGCGAUCACGAUCAUUAGGAUCGCUGAGUGGAAAGUUGUUUUAUGUCGGAGUUUACAUUCUAUUCUUUGUCAAAAGUAUGGCGGCAAAUCUGAUUGGCUGACAUUGACGUUUUCCGCAUGUGUUGUUGUUUACAGAAAUAUUUUUAAUUUUAAUUUUACUAAGCAAUCAAAAAUUCUUCGGCAAACGCAAAGGAGGAAACAAACGUAAUUUAUAAUGUUGUGAAUAUUUAACUAUGAAAUUUCCUUACCUAAAUCUAUUAAAAAAGAAAAAAACAUGUACAAUAAGUUAUACAUUUCCAGUGUUUUCUCGUUUUAAAAGUGAAAUAAUGAAAUAUUUAAAUGUAGCUGAGAAGAAUGAUGCUGCCAAGAAUAUCGCUUUACAUUUAUCCAGGGGUACAUCGAGAAGGAGAGAAGGUUUAUCCCAAUACAAUAAAAUCUAUGAGUUUGAUGUGGAAGUGCUGGGAAACAAAAGUCAAAUGGUGAUGACUUCAGUUUCAGGACACUUACUGUCCUUGGACUUUGUCAGUGCCUACAGGAGUUGGAGGACUUGCAACCCACUGUCACUGUUUGAUGCACCAGUUUACAAACACUGCCCUGAGAAUUAUGAUAAAAUAAAGAAAACAUUAGAAAGAGAAGUCCGAAGCUGCCAAGGACUGAUAAUAUGGACUGAUUGUGAUAGAGAAGGAGAAAAUAUAGGUUUUGAGAUCAUAGAAGUAUGCACUGCAGUUAAAAGCAACCUACGGAUAUACAGGGCAAAGUUUUCCGAGAUCACAGCUGUGUCUAUUGCAAGGGCACUACACAAUUUGGAACAGCCUAACAAGAAUAUCAGCGAUGCAGUUGAUGUUAGACAAGAACUGGAUUUAAGGAUAGGUGCCGCAUUCACACGUUUCCAAACCCUGCGGUUACAGAAAGUGUUCCCCAGCAAGCUGGCCGAGAGCCUAGUGAGCUACGGCUCGUGCCAGUUCCCCACGCUGGGCUUUGUGGUCGAGAGGUACAGGGCGGUGGAGAACUUCGUACCUGAAGCAUUUUGGAAAAUAAAAGUGAACCACACCAUGAACAACCUGAGCGUUGACUUCGCUUGGAACAGAAUCCGACUGUUCGACCACGACGCGUGUCAAGUGUUGCACGACGUAUGCCUAGAGAGCCCACAGGCGCGGGUCACGGAUGUGAAGACCAAGCCCAAGUCCAAGUGGCGCCCUUUGCCUUUGGACACUGUGGAACUUGAAAAACUAGCAUCGAGAAAAUUGAAAAUCAACGCCAAAGAGACAAUGCGUAUUGCUGAAAAGCUGUACACCCAGGGUCUGAUAAGCUACCCGCGUACUGAAACCAAUGAGUUCCCCAGGGAGAUGAAUUUGGGGCAACUAGUCGGUAUGCAGACUGGUGACCCCAAUUGGGGAGCGUUUGCCCAGAAUAUUCUAGACAGUGGUGGACCUACGCCUCGCCAGGGUAACAAGAGCGACAAGGCCCAUCCACCCAUUCAUCCUACUAAAUAUGCCAACAAUCUAACGGGCAACGAUCAACGCCUAUACGAGUUCAUAGUGCGGUCGUUCCUCGCGUGCUGCUCCAAGGAUGCACAGGGUCAGGAGACCACCGUCACUAUUGACGUGGCGCGCGAGAUAUUCAGCGCCAGCGGCCUGAUGAUCACCGCGCGGAACUAUCUGGACGUGUAUCCGUAUGACAAGUGGUCCUCCAAGGAGAUACACGUGUAUGAGAGCGGUCAAACGUUCAGUCCGACGAGUAUAGACCUUGUGGACGGCAGCACGUUGCCGCCCAACCUGCUCACUGAGGCGGACCUCAUCGCGCUCAUGGAGAAACACGGCAUUGGUACGGACGCCACCCACGCCGACCACAUAGAAACGAUCAAGAAUCGUUCGUACGUGGCGCUGGCGGACGCGGUGCACUUUGUGCCGGGGCUGCUGGGCAUGGGGCUGGUGGAGGGCUACGACGCCAUGGGGCUCCGCCACGGCAUGUCCAAGCCGCACCUGCGCGCGCAGCUGGAGGCCGACCUCAAGGACAUCUGCGAAGGGAGGAAGGACCCCAAAAUGGUCCUAGCUGAACAGAUAGCGAUAUACAAGGAAGUGUACGUCACGGUGACAGCUGAAGCGAACAAAAUCGACAGCGCGCUGGCGGGCCGCUUCAACGAGCGCGCCGCCGAGUACACGCCCUCCGUGGAGUCGCUGCCACACAUGCCACCCGCAUUAAAAUGUCCAAAAUGUGGGUCGGACAUGAUGGUCAGACAAAAGAAGAACAACCCUGAGGAGUACUACAUCAGCUGCGUGUCGUACCCGCGGUGCACCAACGCCAUCUGGCUGCCUUCCAUCGUCAAGUCCCUAAAAGUACUACCCGACACUUGUCCUACGUGUGGACAAAAUUAUCAGAAGUUAAAGUUUGAAUGGCGAAACAAUUCUAUAAGUCACAUAUACCCGCCGCCCUACACCACGUGUAUAGGAGGAUGUGAUACUACCUUCCUGGAAUUACUACAAAUAAACAUAUCUUCUGUUAAGCCUGUUUCGAGAAACACUACAAACACAAAUUCUAAUUCAACAACAAAUUCCAAUACAAACAACAGGAGUAACCCAACAACAAAUACUAACAGCAACAACACAAGUAACUUAACAACAAACUCUAGCUAUUUGUCAAAUAAUACAGCCAGCAGCAACAAUACAAACAGGCCAAGGCAUUUUCUACCUCCUGUCAUAGAUAAUAGAGUUCAGAAUGGAAUAAACGGUCCGAGGAUGCCUUUACCAAGUAAUGCCACGAAUCCCAGGUUCCCUACACCGCCAUCUAGUGAAAGUGGCGAGAACCAAGUGUUCUGUGGAUGCAACAAGGAAGCUAGACUGCUUACUGUUCGCAAACAAGGUCCAAAUAUAAAUAAAAAAUUCUACAAAUGCCAAUUGGGUGUUGACAGCGGUGGUUGCGAUUUCUUCCUAUGGGCUCCUGAGGCAUCAGCCAACCAAGGCAAUAUUGACACUCCGCCUAACAGUUCUAGGGGAAGUUCUAGUAAUUCGGGCAGCUCGGCUAGUACUAGCCGGGGUUGGGGGAUAGCACCCUCAUUCCCGAGGGAUGAUUUCCCCCCAAACGAUGAAGAUGUAAAUUGCAACUGUGGGGCACCUUGUAAAAAAUUGACAGUCCGCAAGGAAGGACCCAACAAGGGUCGCCAAUUCUAUGGCUGUCCCAAAGAUGGCACCGCACGCUGUUCCUUCUUCAAAUGGGCUGAUGAAGAAACUAAUACAGAAUGGGGUAGUCAACCAAGUUAUAGCGCUGGGCGCGGGCGGGGGCGGGGCCGAGGCGGGGGGGCGACCGACGGCGAGCCGCGCGCGCGCAAAUGCGGCUUGUGCAAACAACCAGGACAUACUAGGAACAGAUGUCCUAACAACCAGUGAACUAUUUCAGAUCAGAUAGUACGAGAUCCGGAAUAUAAAUAUAUACCCUCAUCUGUUAUUUAAUUGGAAUAAGAAAUAAAUGAUACAAAAUAUUCACAUUGACACAUUGCACAUAGGCAUUGCUUUAUGAGUACUGUUUACCGACAAAUAAAUUAAAAAUGAGGGUAUAAAUCACUAGUCAUUUCACACCUUAUAAUAAUAAUUAUUAAGUUGUUCUUAAAUUAAUAAAAAUAAAUUUUAUUAAUAAGCUUAUAACAAUUAAAUAUGAAUGAAUGAAUGAAUGAAUGAAUGAAUGAAUGAAUGAAUGAAAUGAAUGAAUGAAUGAAAUAUACUUUAUUGUACACCAAAAAUAAUAAUUACAGGCAAGAAAUUAACUUAAAAACUAAUGUACAAUUGGCGGCCUUAUCGCUAAUGAGCGAUCUCUUCCAGACAACCAAUCGAAAAAGAAAAAAUAAAUACAAGGAAUAAUGCAUAAUGACGGGUGUACACAUAAAAAGAAAAGUAGGAGAUACAUGACACUUAUAUAAUAAUAUAUUAAAUCAAAAUCAAUAUAUUUAUAUAUGGUUAAUAUAUUUUUAAUAAUAUUUUAAAAACAAAACAUACAUAAUUUAAAAUAAAUGUUAUGAAAUGGCAUGCGUUUUCUACCUUCAUUUCUAAUUUCUUUGUUAGUAAACAGUACUCAUCAAGAAAAUUGGGGCCGAACAGUAUUAAAUGAUUAUUAUUUUUGAGUUAAUUUAAUCUCCUACCCUCAUUGGUUAAUUUAAAAAAAAAUCGUUGAAUUCAAUUCAUAAAUAAAUCUGUUGUUAUCUCGCAUGAGCAUCUGCUUUUUAUUGACUUUUGUUUCGCACAGUAAAUAAAAUGUAAUUAAAAGUAGGAUUUGUCGUAAUAAAUUAGUCUAAUUUGGUUAUUGUACGCUAUACGUUUAAAAAUACUUAUGGCGAUCGCUAACGCUUCGGAAACUAGAAAUAUGUAUGGCAAUGACAUUCACUAUCGACAGAUCACAUGAUCAAGUUGUCGAUCGGAUCGGUCAUUCCCAAAGUGGCAUGUCAAUUCUCUUUCUAUGAUCGCUAACGCUUCGGAAACUAGAAAUAUGUAUGGGAAUGACAGAUGUUCAUCACGUGACCUGUCGAUAGCAAAUGUCAUUCCCAUACAUAUUUCUAGUUUUCGAAGCGUUAGCGAUCGUAGAAAGAGGAUCGACGUGCCACUUGGCUAGGGGGGCUGGUAUCUGGAUCUAGAGUGCCAAGUGCAGGAACACUACGCACUGUGAAACAAUAUCUCAUAACUUGUUAUGUACAAAAUAUUCUUUAAGCAUAAUAAUAUUAUAUAACGGAAUUGAAAUUGCAUUUGUAAAAUUUGUUACAAUUAUUAUUAUUGUACAUAAAAAUAAAGCUUUUUAUAUAAGGUA